ACACACGGGGCCGUGCUGACUAUGCAGGUUUCGGGGCCGUGGCUGGCUAUGCAGGUUUCGGGGCCACCCACUCUCCCACCGUGUUGACGUCUGUUGUAAGGCGCCCCUGGGUUUUGCUGUUGACAGCAACGUUGAAGACGCAGGGAGGGGUGGCUGUUGGCGGCUGACGGCCCGGUCGUGGUGGUGGUCUCCGCGGAGACGAGGCAGCCAUGGCGAUGCGCGAGCUGGUGGAGGCGGAGUGUGGCGGAGCGAACCCACUCAUGAAGCUUACGACGCACCUCACGCAGGACCAUGCGCUCCGGCAGGAGGGCCUCGGGCGCCCGCUUUGGCCACCACCGCAGGCGUUACCCGAUGCUUCCGUGCUAUCCAAGCCGCUUUCCCAAGCGUCUGAAAUUGAGCUCGUGAAUGAGUUCCUGCACGAGCAGCAACAUGCAAGCCAUGCGGUACGCGCUCGGGCCCCGCAGACUUUCAAGAUGGAUGAGUUGCUUGCUGAGAUGCAAGAGAUUGAAAACUCCAGCCUCAGGCAUGCCCCUCUUCGAGCCCCGGGCGUGGCGGACCUGGCACUGUCAGAGGGCUGGGCUCAGGAGUUCCUGGAGAGCGAGGGUCACGGCGCCACGCUGGAGUCCGCGCAGCCUGGGCCCCCCGAGGACUGGAGCCGCGAGUUCAUCGCCGAGACCGCCGACCCAGCCCAUGCUUCCCCUGUGAAGUGGGCCGAGGAGUAUCUGGAGCACAGCGAGGAGAAGCUGUGGCUGGGAGACUUUGAAGCGGCCAAAAGCGAGGAUCAGAAAUGGGUGGACGAAUACAAGCCGCAGGAAGUGGGGGGGGAGGAGCUCAUGAAGACGGCGAAUGAGUUCCUGGGAAGCAUCGACGACCCCAAGUUCUCAAACUCCGAGUUUAUGAAGUUCAUCAAGAAGUUGGGGGAGGGAGAGGUUACCAUUGAGGGAGGCCGCGUGCUACAUACGGGUGCCGAUGCCCAGCGCUGGGCCGAAGAGUUUGCGCAGCAGCAGCAGCAGCAACAGCAGGAGCAGGAGCAACAGGGGCAGGUGCAGCCAGAGGCGGAGCCGGAGGAGCGGGUCGAGCCGUGGGCGGACGACUUCGCUCGGGCCAAGAACAUCACGGUGGGCGAGGAGUUUGAGAAGGCCCGCGCCGCCGUCGAGUCUGACACGGACUUCUGGGACAAGCUGCAGGCCGAGUGGGAGGACAUGGCCAAGGGCGAGCCAGAAGCAAACCCGUGGUUGUCCGAGUACGACGAGCUUGUCGCCUCUUCCUACGACAAGGGCUACGUGUUCAACGAGGAGAACCCGCUGCAGGAGCACACACAGCCGUUUGACGAGGGGCUGCGCCGGCUACAGGCCGGAGACCUCCCCAACGCCGUGCUGCUCUUUGAGGCAGCCGUGCUGAGUAAUCCCGCACACAUGGAGGCAUGGCAGUACCUGGGCACAACUCAAGCGGAGAAUGAGCAGGAGCUGGCUGCCAUCAGUGCCCUGCGCAGGUGCCUGGAGCUAAAGAAGGAUAAUCUGACGGCGCUAAUGGCGCUCGCGGUGAGCUUCACUAAUGAGGCGCUGCAGCAGCAGGCUUGCGAGACGCUGCAUCGCUGGCUCGCUGCAAACCCCACCUACUCGCAUCUCGUGCCGGCUAGCGCCGACACAGCCACGGACGGCGCAGCCAGCACUAAGAGGCGGCUCAGCUCCGUGCUGCCCAGCGGCUACUUUGCCGAGGUGCGGGAGCUGUUCCUGGAGGCGGUGCGCGUCGGAGAGGGCGCCGUCGACCCGGAUCUGCAGUGCGGCCUCGGCGUGCUCUUCAACCUGAGCGGCGAGUACGACAAGGCCGUCGACUGCUUCACGGCGGCGCUCGCCGUGCGCCCGCAGGACUACCUGCUGUGGAACAAGCUGGGGGCGACGCUCGCCAACGGCAGCCGCAGCGAGGAGGCGGUGGAAGCGUACCGACGUGCGCUCGAGCUGCAGCCGGGGUUCAUCCGCUCCCGAUACAACCUCGGCAUCAGCUGCAUCAACCUGGGCGCUCACCGCGAGGCGGUGGAGCACUUCCUGGAGGCGCUGCGCCUUCAGCGCAAGGCGGCGGACACCGGCGGUGCGGUGGGCACCAGCGGUGUCGACGCGACGUCCGACAGCAUCUGGAGCACGCUGCGCAUGGCGCUGUCGCUCAUGGGCCUCGCCGACCUGCACCGCGCCGCCGACGACCACGACCUCGACACGCUCCUCUCCGCCUUCGGCCUCGAGCAAUGACGGCCACGGCCGCUCGGCUCCGGUUCGGCCGCCCGGCCGGCCCCGCCGGCGGGCGACCGCUCGUCUCCGCUGCGGCGGCGGUGGCGGCUCGCCGACGAUGCGUGGUUUUGCCGUCGCCCCCGCCGCCGGAAGGCGGUGGCGCGGGCGCUGAUCGCGUGCGAGUGCAGCGGAGACGAGAGGGGCGAGUGCGAGCGGCGCGGCGGUGGGCUGGGAGUCGCGGCCGGGCUGUGACGGCAGUCGGGGCACGGUUAGCGAGAGCCGUGGCCACAUCUCCGCGCCACUCGCCUGGCUCCGUUCGUUACAGUGCCGCCGUCUCGCUAGCCCCGGUCCCUUGCCUGAUUCACUUUGGCUCGAGUUUGAAAUCGUUUACCUGGGAAAGAUGUCAAUGGGUUCUAGGACCCUUGUUCAGGAGUGUUCUGCUUUUGGACAAAUCCUGUUGGCAUUGCCUGGAAAAGAUCCACACGGUUAAGAUCAUGCGCAAAUUAAGCGUCGAUUAUUAUCCUGUUUGUAGUGCUUUUGCAUAACGGGGGAGUUUUCCACUGCAUAGGUGCGUCACACGUGUGUGAUGACUCUAUUUCCGUGUGAUCCACCAACUCCAGCGUCCGAGUAGCUGGAGGGCAGUUCUGAAUCCCCCACCGCCGAUCAACUUGACUGAUUUUACAUGGAUUCUUUGUCAACUACUUUCACUUUAACGUGGGCAUAAUUUUACUUUUGCAAAUAAAACAAUAAUAGGAACAACAGUAACGGCAGAAUUUACACACGAAAAAAAUCCAUCGGAGUAAACUAAUCUGCUAAAGGAUGAUUGUAAAUAUAACGCGGCAUUGCGUGUGCACGCGGGAAAAACAGUGGCCGUUAACCCGCCACACCGCACAGGUCUGCUCCUUGCACGAAAAAUAAAAAUGGGAGAAAAUCUCGAGUCAGAUGGCAGUUGUCGCUCAGCGCAGGGGGGCAUGCGGGCCAAAAAGCAGCGAGGGUUUUAACGUGUUAAAAUUUUAGUCAAAAAUUAUUCUCAACAAGGGGGGAUGCACUUAAGGAUAUUUUUUUUUCUUUUGGUGGGUUUUCAAAAAGACACGGUCUCUCGCAGGUACGACAUUUGUGCCAUUGCUUCUUGUUGAAAUGGCAGCCGUGAACCAGCCAGCAGCGCGCGACUGAUCAUGCCUGCACUGACCCAGCCAAUGAGGAUAAUGAGUUAAAUACAAUAAUAACUGUGCUAAAAAUAAUAAUUGUUGAUUAAUAAUGUAUGAAAUCAUAGGCUGUCCGUCUUGUGUGUCCAUCCGUAAUGUCCAAAACCAUGCAUGGGAAGGUCACGUGACCGGAUGCAUGCUUUCAAUUUGAUGUGUUUUGAACAAUGCGACGUCGUGGUUACAAAACGCACCAUCACGUUUGUGGUCGCUGUUAAGACCGAAGUGAGAGGCGGCGAUCGCCUCUGUAGAGAAUUUUAAUGACUAGGAUUACAUGGUCAGGGACUAGUCCUAACAAAGAUUAUUAUGAGAAUACAAGUAAUAACUAUGGAGCUAUUUGUGUAAAUGUGUAAAGUUGUGUAUAGUUAGACUUACUGCAAUAA